UGUGUGUGUAUCUGGAUGAUUAAUACAGUCCUCUUUUCCCUCAAAAACAAGGACGUUCCAGUGGAGGAAGAAGUUGAGCCUGCCCCAGUGAGAAGGAUUCUGAAAUUCAAUGCUCAGGAAUGGCCCUACAUGGUCGUGGGGGCUCUGAGUGCAGUCGUCAAUGGGGCUGUCACGCCCCUCUAUGCCUUCUUAUUCAGCCAGAUUCUCGGGACUUUUUCACUUCUUGAUAAAGAGGAGCAGCAGUCCCAGAUUGAUGGUGUGUGCAUACUUUUUGUGAUAAUGGGCUGUGUGUCUGUGUUCACCCAGUUUCUGCAGGGAUAUACUUUUGCUAAAUCUGGAGAACUCCUCACGAAAAGGUUGCGUAAAUUUGGUUUCAAGGCAAUGCUAGGGCAAGACAUUGGUUGGUUUGAUGACCUCAGAAAUAGCCCUGGGGCACUGGCCACAAGGCUCGCUACGGAUGCCUCCCAAGUUCAAGGGGCUGCCGGCUCUCAGAUUGGGAUGAUGGUCAGUUCCUUCACAAACGUCGUGGUGGCCAUGAUCAUUGCCUUCUUCUUUAGCUGGAAGCUCAGCCUGGUCAUAGUGUGCUUCUUCCCCUUCUUGGCUUUAUCAGGAGCCCUGCAGACCAAAAUGUUGACAGGAUUUGCGACUCGAGACAAACAGGCUCUGGAGAAGGCAGGACAGAUUACCAGUGAAGCCCUCAGUAACAUCCGUACCGUUUCUGGGAUUGGGAUUCAGAAGCACUUCAUUGAAGGACUUGAGGCUGAACUGGAGAAGUCGCUCAAGACUGCCAUUCAAAAAGCAAAUGUCUACGGACUCUGCUUUGCCUUUUCCCAAGGCAUAUCAUUUAUUGCAAAUUCAGUUUCCUACAGAUAUGGAGGUUACUUAAUCCCCAAUGAAGGGCUUCACUACAGCUAUGUGUUCAGGGUGAUCUCUGCAGUUGUACUGAGUGCCACAGCUGUUGGGAGAACCUUCUCUUACACCCCAAGUUAUGCCAAAGCUAAAGUAUCAGCUGCACGCUUUUUUCAACUGCUGGAUCGAAGACCGCCAAUCAGUGUAUAUAGUAAUGAGGGUGAAAAAUGGGACAAUUUCCAGGGGAAGAUUGACUUUGUUGACUGUAAGUUUACAUAUCCUUCUCGACCUGAUGUUCAAGUUCUGAAUGGUCUCUCAGUGUCAGUUCAUCCAGGACAGACCAUGGCGUUUGUUGGAAGCAGUGGGUGUGGCAAAAGCACCAGCAUUCAGCUGCUGGAACGUUUCUAUGAUCCCAAUGAAGGGAAGGUGAUGAUAGAUGGACAUGACACCAAGAGAGUGAAUGUCCAGUUUCUCCGCUCGAACAUUGGGAUUGUUUCCCAGGAGCCAGUGCUGUUUGCCUGUAGCAUAAAGGACAACAUCAAAUACGGGGACAACACCAGAGAUAUUCCCAUGGAAAAAGUCAUAGCAGCUGCACAGCAGGCUCAGUUGCAUGACUUUGUUAUGUCGCUUCCAGAGAAAUAUGAAACAAAUGUUGGGACCCAGGGGUCUCAGCUCUCUCGAGGGGAAAAACAGCGAAUUGCUAUUGCGCGAGCCAUUGUACGAGACCCUAAAAUCUUGCUACUGGAUGAAGCCACUUCUGCCCUAGACACAGAAAGCGAAAAGACAGUGCAGGUUGCUCUAGACAAAGCCAGAGAAGGUCGGACCUGCAUUGUCAUUGCCCAUCGUUUGUCCACCAUCCAGAACUCAGAUAUCAUUGUUGUUAUGUCACAAGGAGUAGCCAUUGAAAAAGGAAGUCAUGAAGAACUGAUGGAACAGAGGGGGGCCUACUACAAGUUGGUCACUACUGGAGCCCCCAUCAGUUGACUUCUCUCAGGAACUCCAUGUAUCAACGAUGCUCAGAGUACAGGUGUGCUGCGGGUUGUUGCAUCCUUAAAGGGCAGUGUUAAUGUUCUACAUUUAUAAGCAUGGUCACCUACCAGGAUCCACACUAAUUUCUAAUGACCUUCAAUGAUUAUUAAGUUUGAGAUGUCCAUAUGGAAAAUAAAAGAAACCAGAGUCCUGAUGAAUAAGAAUCCAAAGGGGGAGAAGCCUGUGAUCAUCUCGUUUUGUACCGCAGAUCCAUCGAGCUCAUGAUGUAAAGUCCUUGGGCUUUCUGGAAGUGGGAAGAGAGGGACACAUGGGACUAAAGAUAGAAGAAUGGGCUGAAAACAUGUGAAGAAGCAGAGGUGCAGAACCCCUGCCACAAGCUGGCUGCUUUUACCCAGUGAUGGCAGAACCAUAGUGGCUCCCUCUCUGGGGGAGCUCACAAGUAGGCUUACAGGUUAGAACACAAGCUGCAGUUGAAGCUGGCUGAUGGAGGAGACGGGGUUGGGUGUAAGGAAAUACAUGAGUAGAAAAAUCUUCCAGCCAUCCAUCCACUUCUGGCAGGAGACUGAAGAAUGAAUGGUUAAUACAGAAAAAGAUAUUAAGGUCCCAGUGCUAAAAAUCUUUCCAAAAUAUUCCCAGCUGCAUAGAUUAUCUUAUUGUGAAGCCUCUUGGCCAACAGCAUACGCACACUGGCUCAGAGCUUCCCAGGCUUUUCAGUGUCUUAUUCUUAUCUAGGAAGACUGUCAAAGAUCUCCAGGAAACACACUAACAUAUAGAGCAGAAGCAAUGACCGUAGAACUCCGACAUACAGACAGGCAACAGAGAGAAAAAUUAGGAAGACACACAUAUUCACUCAAUGAGACAAGGGAUGUUUCCAUCUAUUCAAAAGAAGACAGUAGUCCAGAAGAAUGAACACACACAAGCACAUUAAAAAGAGCUCUUGAUGGCAGAAAUGCAAAGUUUAGUUCUCACUCAAAUGGCCCUCCUCACAGUGUCAUCUCCCUGUCUUGCUCCCAGCCCUGCUCUGUGUUUGUUUAUGUAUUUUCUUCCCAUGGUGAGGAAAUGAGCUUCUGAGUACAGAGCACAAGCCUGUCCAGUACUUCCUGGGAAAUAACUGCUAACAUGGUUUAGCAGGUUAACUGUUCAGGAAAGAACUAUUGCUGGUUACCAAGUUGAGGUGGAGAGGAGAGGAAUUCAGUCUGGAUAUGAAAAAGGAUGGUUCUGGAACUCGCAGAAUGAAGAUGACUAGUAGGGGGAGUGAAGCUGAGCACAUGUGUGUCCUCUAAUCUUGGAACAAGGAGGCUGACGUCUGCUUGAGAAGUGGAUUCAGAGAGGAAUACAUGGACUCUGUCCUGGAGGGCUGCCAGUUUCCAGAAUGGAAUUUAUGUGGGAUGAAAAAAGGAAUGAAUGAGUUAGCUUUUUAAAUAAGGCAUUUGAGAGUUAUUUAAGAGUGGAGAAAUAUUGACCAGAAAGGAUGGAAAACUGAUUUGAGAAAACAAUUGCUUUUCGAGGCUCAGGGACUAGGGAGAUGAUUACAGUUUCAAAAUGAAUAAAUAAAUAAAGUUGCACGCUUGUUUUCUAAUA